AAUGAUAAUAAUAAUACAAAUAGUAGGGAUAUCCAUAAAGCAGGUUGGCUUCAGUAUCUGCCGUAUGCCGACCGGCCGUCCACAUCAGCUACCGGUUCAUCAGUUGCCGCCGUCGCCAACAAUGAACACCGAUUUUGGGUAGUUUUCUCAGUGGUUAACGAAAGCCAGCCGUAUCUUGAAUUCUAUCAAAAACGUCAACCCCUGCCCCACCUGACCAGUCAACUAUCGACACCGGUAUCCAAGCAUUCGCUGUCCCGAUGCCAACACAUUGCACCGGCUAUUGUAUUAUCAUCGGACAACAAACUGUUCAACGAGUUUGCCGUAACAUUGGACCGACAGAUACUACGAUUGGUGGCCGACUCCGAGCACUCGAUGUACGACUGGAUUGACUGUUUGAAACUCAGGCUCCGGCAGCUUAAUGUACUGCCAGCUCAGGAUAAUCUUUAUAUGCGUGAACCGCAACCACUGCCGCGGACAGCUUCAAUUCGCCGUCGGCUACAGCACUGCCGGCCACUGCCGCCUAUACCUAUGCCCAGUGGUAGCGCUGUUUCAGGCACUAGUAGCGGACCAAAUACACCGACAUCUUUGACAGGAAGUCCUACUAUACACCCGAACACACCUACCACUCCUGUAGCCGCUGGCAAUUUGAGAGCCGCCUUAAUCAACGAACCUCUAACACCGAUAGCUUCAACAUCUACUGCCGUAUUGACAGCCGCAUCACCGGCACAUCCCAGAGCCGAAUCACCCAAAGAAAUAUACGAAACAAUUUUCAAUACCAGAAGUCAACCACCACUGCCUCAGAGGACAAUACAACGGCAACAAAGCACUAGCAGUAGUACUGGCGCUACUACUACUACAUUGGCCGCAUUGAUUAAUACUAACGGUGCUAAUAAUAAUAAUAGUAAUACAUUAGAGACACCGCUCAACAGCAGUGCACCGGUAGAUGAGGGUCCGCCACCCUAUGAAUCGGUGUCGACAACAGAUUUAUCGCAAACACCGGUAUCACUGCGCGAGUCACAGGUAUUGCGAUUACGCAAAGAGAUUGCACAUCAAUCAGGUGUUAGACUUAUGGUGCGCAAAAAAGACUGUUACCAUUCGAUAGCAUUGUUAGACAUGUCGGACGCUUCGGUAUGGAUCGGCGGUUGGCGUCAAAAAGAGGUCCCAGUUUUGCACAAUACGUUUCACGUCGGCGACCAAUUGUUGUCCAUUAAUGGCGAUUCGGUAUCCAGUGCUGCACAGGCCUACAAACUUAUCAAACAAAAUACACUAUUAUUGGAAAUUAUUGUACGCCGAGUGCCGUACGGCCGGGUAUUCUGUAUUAAACGUCAACGCGAAGGCCAGGACUUGGGUUUGGUUCGCGAAGGAAAUACCGGUGAAAUUGUCGGUGUCGUUGGCGGCGGUCUGGCCGAUAGGGCCGGUCUGAAUGCACGGGCCGUCUAUUUGGACGACGAGUGUAACUGGUGUUUGACUGAAGUCAACAAUCGGGCGCUCAGUAUGUUCUAUAAGGGAUCGGAAAUUCACGACCGAUUGUCGGCCGUCGGCAAAGAAAUUAGUAUUUUAGUUCAACCCGUGAUGUUUGUACACAAACUGAGAAAAUUGUUAAAACAAUUUAAAAAUUAUAAAGAAUAUAUUGUACAGUAA